CCGUUAUCGGAGCUGCGAACAUAGCCUCAGUUCACACCUGGCAGCUCAUGCUCCGUGCAGUUCUACACUUUCACAUAUCAUCAUACCAAACCCUCACCUCCCCAAUCCAAAACUAGCAUCUCACCAUGUCGUCCUCUCCAUCAACCACGUCCCAAAUUCCGGCUGCUUUGACAAACCUUUUCGAAGCUAUCGAAUCAUCCUUCCCCUCCACCACACUCGGCCAAGACAAAUGGUACAUCGUGGUACUCGCCUGCCUCGUUUCAGGCAAUCAUCCCGGACAAGCAGCCGAUCUCUACAAAUACCUCAUCCUUCGCCCUGAGUUUUCUACACCAGACCAAAGAAAAGCUCUUGUCCGCCGCCUUCGCGAAUGCCUCAUCAAACUCGUCAUCAUCGGUGGAGUCAUCAAGCCCAUCGAGGCGAUCUUUUGCAUCGCCAAUAUUGAAAGGCCGGAAGAUCGAGAUUACACUUUUUCGAGAGAAAACUGGUCCUCUGGUCCCGAAAACGAAAAACGCGGCCGAGCCUGGCUCGAUGCAAUCUACAAGCACAACCACGCCAAAACCGAAAACCUCCUCUCAUGCCACAAAGACUUUGAUUGGCUUUCACGAGAAAUCACCUACGGGUUAUUUCUCUCUGAUCAUGAGAUUCUAGGACCAGUCGAAACAGAACUCAUAGUCCUCUCUGGCAUCGCCAUGCAGAAUCUGCCUCGCGAAAUGGGCUGGCAUCUACGAGGGACAAGGCGAAUCGGCGUCAGUGCAGAAGAUGUGGAGAAGAUACAUCAGUGCAUCGAAAAGGUCGGGGAGUACUGCGGAUUGCCACUGGAUCGACUCCCACGAGUCAAGGAUAUCGAGCAUGAAGUGGCAUUUGACUGAUGAAUCGGGAGGGAGGGCAAGUUGGGUGAAUGCUCUGCGUGACUGAGGUGCCAUAGUAUGCUACCCAUUGGCAGCAUUCUCGCUACUGCUGAAACACGCACGAGGUGGUUCACGGCCAUGAGAAAGUCACCGUAAUAGAACGGUCAAGGGGGAGCGCUUUGCGCAAUGUACCAUGCGCGGCCUUUAUAAGACGUUGGCCAUCACGUCCACUCAUUACAUGUUCUCUCACGCAUUGACCAUUCGUGCGUAUCACGA